AUGGUGGGGGUCCUGAGGAACUUUGAACUGAAUGAUCCUGACGUGGGUCAUCUGAGAUGCCUGCUACAUGGACCAGUCGGUGCAGGGAAGUCCAGCUUCAUCAACUCAGUCAACAAUGUCUUCCAAGGACGCAUAACAUCUGGUGCCCUGGUAGCAGCUGCCUCUGGCACAAGCUUCACCAAGACAUAUAAAACACACUACAUUAAAAAUGGAAAUGCCCGUCUACCCUUUGCAUUCAAUGAUGUCAUGGGUCUGGAGGCACAAGAAAAUGGGAUGCAACCUAAAGACCUCAUCAAUGCUCUGAAGGGCCAUCUACCAGAAGGCUAUAAGCUCUUCCAUUCAAUCAUUUCUUCAACAGGAAUUCCUCAAGUUGUUGUCAUGACCAUGCCAGACAAGGCUUGUGUUCUUGUGGACAGUGAUGUGAAGAGAAUAUACACCAGCAAGGCAAUCAAAGAGAAGAUGCAGACCUGCAGUAAUGAGCUGGGUGUUCCCAUGAACUGCAUGCUGCCUGUGAAGAACUACCAUGAGGAGGAGAUGCUGGAUGACGACAUGGACAUCCGGAUCCUGAACGCCAUGACUCAGAUUAUGAACUUUGCCAACGACUACAUCUGGGACCUCCAACAACAUGCAUGAGUGUCACACGCUAGGAGAUUAGAGAGCCAUCCAGUACACUCCUAAAUCUAUAUAGUCUAGAUUUCAUUUCAGAGAAGCUAUCCCCCUUAGGAAAUGUGUUUUGAAGGCUGGAUGAAGACUGGAGUGAAAGUUCUCUUUUCAAUGUUUUCAUAAAGUCCAAUGAUGUCAGUUAUCUAUGCAUCAUGUUUGGCAUUCUAUCAAGGAUACUAGC